AUCAGUGCGUGCUGCUAAGUAAAUUAGUUAGUAUGAUUUUAGCACGCAACGCUGACGGACGUUCUGCUGCUCGCAACAGUUAAACGAAGAAGAACGCGUGUGCGCUUCGUGAUAAUUCAUCGGUGUCUGCUGUGGGAGGAAGUACGCGCUCGAGUGUCGCUGGGAUUCAAUUUCAAUACAAAGUGCCGCUGUUCCGCGUGUUAAUGGUGUCGGAAAACAUUUAACAGUCAGUGUUCUUGAAAAGCAUGCAACAACAUAUUGCAGCUCCAAAACACAUCCGCUCUGCGCCUGCAGUUAUGCAAUGGAAAUGCCACGUACAGCCAAUUGGCCAAAGGCUGAGCAUCAAAUGGAUGUGCAUAAAUAUUUGAGUAUCACAGCGAAUCGAAAGUGAAGUCUAGAGAACGAGCCAAGCAAUAAAAGAAAGCAAAAGAAAGUGACAGAGGGAAGAGGGAAAUUACAGCACCAAAAAAAAGGAAUAGACAAACACAGACACAGACACAUAGACUCACGGACACACGGACAAGGACAGGCAUAACAAAAUGAAAAUUAAAAUAUUUCCGCUGACAGCGGAAGCAGCAAUGCUGCGACGGCAGCAACAGAGGCAGCAGCAGCAGCAAUGUCGGAAAAUGAAAUUGCAGCGGAAGCAUAAAAUGCCGGAAAUAUCCGCAAGGCUAAUUGUUGCCGCCAUCGCCUCGGCCAUUUGCCUCCUCUCGCUCAUCCUCUCGGCCCAGGCCCAGGACCACGAUAUGAUGCACGAUCAUGACCACGAUGACGAUGACGGGGAUAUGCACCAUCACCUGGAAAUGAUGCAUCAUCAGCAGCAUCAGGACUUUAUCAUUGGCGAGUCCGAGGAGCGGGAUCACAUAGCACAUCACUUGGCGGAAAUGCAAAAUAAGGAUGAGCUACUUGAAGACAUACGCGAGGAUACGGUCGUCAAUGCGAUACCAGAGAAAGAUCUUCCAAAGUUUGGCGAACUCUUGCAGAAUGUCACAGUGCCCGUGAGUCGGGAGGCGGUCCUUCAGUGCGUUGUCGAUAAUUUGCAGACCUAUAAGAUUGCGUGGCUACGUGUCGAUACACAGACCAUUUUAACUAUACAAAAUCACGUCAUAACCAAAAACCAUCGAAUGAGCAUAACUCAUGCGGAGAAACGUGCCUGGAUAUUGCGUAUACGUGAUGUAAAGGAAUCCGACAAAGGAUGGUACAUGUGCCAAAUAAACACGGAUCCCAUGAAGAGUCAAGUCGGUUACCUGGACGUUGUGGUGCCUCCCGAUAUACUGGACUACCCGACCAGCACCGAUAUGGUCAUACGUGAGGGUUCGAACGUAACCCUUAAAUGUGCGGCCACUGGAUCGCCCACACCGACGAUAACCUGGCGACGGGAGGGCGGCGAGCUGAUACCACUACCCAAUGGAGCAGAGGCUAUUGCAUACAAUGGCUCUUUUCUGACCAUUGCCAAAGUGAAUCGUUUGAAUAUGGGUGCCUAUCUCUGCAUUGCCUCCAAUGGCAUACCGCCAACAGUCAGCAAGCGUGUGAUGCUCAUUGUGCACUUUCCUCCGAUGAUUUGGAUACAAAAUCAAUUAGUUGGGGCCGCACUCCAGCAGAACAUCACACUAGAAUGCCAAUCGGAGGCAUAUCCCAAGUCGAUCAACUAUUGGAUGAAGAAUGAUACGAUCAUAGUGCCAGGUGAACGCUUCGUCCCAGAAACCUUUGAAACGGGCUACAAAAUCACCAUGCGGCUGACCAUCUACGAGGUGGACAUCCAGGACUUUGGGGCAUACCGAUGUGUGGCCAAGAACUCCCUGGGCGACACGGAUGGUGCGAUCAAACUGUAUCAUAUACCACAAACCACGACAAUGACUACAAUGGCGCCAACAGCUUCGAUCAACACUGUGCCUGUGGUCCUCGUCAAGUACAACAAAGAACAACGUUAUAGCAGCAACAGCAAUCAGAACACCAAUAACAAUCCCUACAACUACAAUCCCGGCACUAGCCAGCAAAACACAAAGCAGCAGAGGAACAGGCAGCCCAAGGGAUCAGUGGAUCAGUCGUCGUCUGGACUGAACAAUGUCUUUGUGGGGGCCACAUCGAGUUUGUGGAACUCGCAGGAUCAUCAGACAUCCUCGUCCAGGGACACAGGGCGGAACAGGGAUCAGAACCAGCAGCACCAACAGCAGCAGCAACAGCAGUACCAUGCACCCGAUCAUGGUGGCAACUACAGGGCGGAGGGCAAGAGCCCUCAUCUAAUCAAACACGAUGCCAAGUCCCUAACAGAUGAUCUGGAUCGAAUGCAGGACCUCAAGAGUGCGACAUCACCCCUACUGUUCCCUAUGGAAGCCCUAGCCCUGCCCAUAGUCCUUUUCCUGGCGCAUCUAUCUACGUGGCAUGGAUAAUUCAUCUACAGAAGUGCAACUCGAGUAUUUCUGAAUAUUUGUACAAAAACAAAAAAGGAAAGUAUAGGAAAUCUGCAAAAGACGAAACCAAAGUUAGUUUAACUAAGAAAAAAUAAAAAAUAAAAUAUAACGUAAGCAUCGAUUCGGUCAACAAAAUCCGUGUAUUUUGUAUGUGUUCUAAGUUAUGCCCGAAUGUUGAGAGUCGCUUACUGUAAAAAGUCAUUUGUAUAGCAUUUAAGGUGGAAACUCAUGAGUUCAGACAAGGUGGUGGAGGCGGAGGCGGAGGCGCAGGAGGAAGUUUAUGGAAGGGAUAACGGAAAUACAAAGUAUUAGAAUGUAAAACAUAAGACGUAGAGUUAAGCCAUUCAAAAGCUACAUAAAAACUGUUCUCAAGCUUGACUCCAAACCAAAACAAAAUAGAAAACAAAAAAACAUUUAUAAAACUAGUGUUAAGUUAUUGGAAUGCCAU